GGCCCCUGGCCCCUGGCCUCGCCGCCUACAUCAGACUGAUUCCAACCGACAGGACUCCCCGGGCUCUGCUAUCUUAGCCCCGGCCCUCAACCACCUCCCCGCUGUCCCCUGCAGCCUCGCAUCCAACCAGGCACGCAACCACGGGCUAAAGGUUGCUAAAUGUGGGAGGUGGGUUCUUUCUCUCCAGCUCCUUCAAACUGUUUCUGUCCAACGUGAGAGGAGGCAGAGAAGGUCAGCCAGCGCUGGUGGUGGAGGUCUUUUGUUUGUCUAAUAGAAGCGGGGGCAGAGGAACAUCGGAGCGGUGCAGAUCCCCCAGCUGUUCAUGUCAUCUGCCUGGCCGCCCAGCAUCUUCACGAUGAAUGAGAGUCGAAGGGAAGCGCUGGCGGCGGCGGCGCCCAUGGCCACCACCGCCUCCUCCUCCACGGCCGGCUCCAACACCACCGACAUGGCCGGCCCCGGCGAGAAGGACGAGGCCUUCUCCAAGCUGAAGGACAAGUUCAUGAACGAGCUGAACAAAAUCCCCUUGCCGUCAUGGGCCAUCGUCUCCAUCGCCUUCGUGGCGAUCAUCCUGGUGCUGGCGUGCUGCUGCUGCAUCUGCAAAAAAUGGAUAUUCAAGAAGAAGAACAAAAAGAAGGGCAAAGACAAGGGCAAGAACGCCAUCAACAUGAUGGACGUGAAGGACGGAGCCCCGACCGAGGCCUUGAAGGAUGAGGAGGAUGCGGAGACAGGGCUGACCGAAACGGAGAAAGAGGCCACGCCCAAGGAGGACGAGAAACUGGGCAAAUUACAAUACUCCCUGGAUUACAAUUUCACGGAGAAUACGCUCAUAGUGGGGAUCAUCCAGGCGGCGGAGCUGCCCGCCAUGGACAUGGGUGGCACGUCCGACCCGUACGUGAAGGUCUACCUGCUGCCCGACAAGAAGAAGAAGUUUGAGACCAAGGUCCACAGGAAGACGCUCAAUCCUACCUUCAACGAGCAGUUCACCUUCAAGGUCCCGUACGUGGAGCUCGGGGGGAAGACGUUGAUCAUGACGGUGUACGACUUCGACCGCUUCUCCAAACACGACGCCAUCGGGGACAUCAAGGUGCCCAUGAACAAGGUGGACUUCAGCCACAUCACGGAGGAGUGGAGGGAUCUGAUCAGUGCUGAGAAGGAGGAGCAAGAGAAGCUGGGCGACAUCUGCUUCUCCCUGCGGUACGUCCCCACCGCCGGCAAGCUGACCGUGGUCGUCCUGGAGGCCAAGAACCUGAAGAAAAUGGACGUGGGAGGCUUGUCAGAUCCGUACGUGAAGAUCCACCUGAUGCAAAACGGCAAAAGGCUGAAGAAGAAGAAGACGACAAUCAAGAAGAACACCCUGAACCCGUACUACAACGAGUCCUUCAGCUUCGAAGUCCCAUUCGAACAGAUCCAGAAAGUGCAAGUCGUCAUAACCGUCCUGGACUACGACAAGAUCGGCAAGAACGACGCCAUCGGCAAAGUGUUCGUGGGCCUGAACAGCUCGGGGACGGAGCUGCGCCACUGGUCCGACAUGCUGGCCAACCCCCGGAGACCCAUCGCCCAGUGGCACGUGCUGAAGGUGGAGGAGGAGGUGGACGCUCAGCUCUCCACCAAGAAAUAGACAGGGGUCCUUUCUGCACCUGCCUUGUAGUACUCUUUAGCCAGUAUGUGUAAAUACCUCAGUGAUAUAUGGGUCCAUCAUGUAACCCCCCCCCCCCCCCCCCUUUGCUUUUUCUAUCAGGUCCCUUCUCUUCUCUUUUGGUUUCUUAAAUGGUUUUUAAUCUUCGGUUCCAAUCCUGAUUGAUUCUGCAGUUUUUCUUUCCUCCCCUGUCGAGCCAUGAGACCCCCCCCCCCCCCCCCCCCGACCAAAAGCCCCCCUUCUUUUAAGCAAUACGAUCUGUAUAGAUAACGCAUGACUGAAAGAAUUUAUUGUACCACAGUUGUAUAUAUAUAUAAGUAUGCAGACAAAAAUGAUUUCUAGUUUGUGUGUUUGUAUGUUGUUACCCGUUUCCUAAUCCGUGUAUAUCUCGAUGUUUUUAAUAAGAUGUUCUAUUUUAAAUGAUGUAAAUGCAGAUAUAGAGGAAAGCCAAUAUUAUAUAUCCCAGGAUUUAAAAAAAAUUCUACCUUAUUUCCUUAUUACAUUCCAGAUAUAAAAAGGGACAAUGAUUUCAACCUGCUAGUGGGGUGUGGGCGUCAGCAAAGGAUCAUCACAGAAAACCUGGUGGAUAAAUAUAUAUACACACAAAGCUCCGAAUCACAAGGCCAUUAACUGCUAUGGUUCUGUGGGGGGGAAACUAAUUAUGCUGCUGGAGAUAAUACAAGCACAUGAUAUCUUA